CUCACCGCAGAAAAUUGCAAGCAAAUAUUCGACUCGCGCGUAAACAAAUCAGGCCGCUUUGACACGGCUCAGCUGUUUCCAACAGUUCCAAAUGUCAACAUCAUUCCAGUGUUGUCGGCAUCGAGAGUACAGUGCCGAUUUGAGUUUUAUGGCGGCGUCGAUGAAAGAGUGCAGAUCAAAUUUCUGGAUUUUCAUAUACCAGCAGAAACAAAAAAUUCAACGGAAUGCAAGCCAAAUGAUUCAUUGCAAUUGCUAACCCUAGUGCGAGGGAAAUAUGAGCCUACUGAAACAUUUUGCGGCGCAUUCCUACCAAAGCCAAUCAUGUCGAAUGGACCCAAGAUUUUAUUACAAUUUGUUGGGCGCUAUCCGCCGACUGGUUCAAAAAUCAAUUAUUACGGUUUCAAAGCAGAGUACAAGUUUGUUAAGAGUGCGUUACUUUUAUAA